AGAGAGAGAGAGAGCCCAUUCCAUUCCACAUCACUGUUUGUCUCUCCAAACAACCGUUCUCAAUGGCCCUCAACUACCUCUUACUGGCAUGCUCUCUCCUCUCCCUAUCACUAGCCGUUUGUGCCCAUGUGGGACCCACCACUUAUGGGUAUGGCCCACAAUCAGACGUUGGGUAUCCAAAGGCUGAUGAAGACAAGCACAUCACGAGCGUCGGCGUGCGAGGGGUUGUGCAGUGUCGAUCAGGCCUCAAGCUCGGCCCUCUUCAAGGAGCUGUGGUGAGAGUGACUUGCAUGGGCUAUGAUGAAAAUGGCCAUGAGCUGGCUCCCUACACUACCUUAUGCGAAGCGACCGACAAAAAUGGCUACUUCUUCAUGGCGUUGGCUCACUCAGAAAUGGACUGUCUUUCAGAGUGCAAGGCGUACCUCGAAUCCUCACCGUCAGAGACAUGCAACGUUCCCACCAAUGUUAACAAUGGAAUGAGCGGUGCGCUUCUAGGUUCUUAUGGUCUUCUCAAUGACAAGAAGAUGAAGCUAUGCACCGUCGGGCCAUUCGUUUAUACGACCGGAGCCCACACUACCAGUGAAGGUUAUUAGAGAGUGAUUAAGGAAAUGCUACUUAUAUGGCGGUUUGAAUGGUUGUGACUUUGUAUUUUUAGUGUUAUUGAUUCAUGAAAGCAUUGCUUGGAUGGUAUUAUAAUAAAAAUAACAUUGAUUAUGGUUUAUUUUGCA